AUGGUCAAGGCUGUUGUCGCAGGUGCCUCCGGUGGCAUUGGUCAGCCACUGUCGCUGCUCCUCAAGGGCAGCCCUCUGAUUGACGAGCUCUCCCUCUACGAUGUUGUUAACACUCCUGGCGUGGCCGCCGAUCUCUCCCACAUCUCUUCCCCCGCUGUUGUGACGGGACACCUUCCUGCCAACGAUGGCGCUAAGAAGGCAUUCAAGGACGCCGACAUCAUCGUCAUCCCCGCAGGCAUUCCCCGCAAACCGGGAAUGACCCGUGAUGAUUUGUUCAACAUCAAUGCUGGCAUUGUUAAGGGCCUGAUUGAGACAGCUGCCGAAGUCGCCCCCAAGGCCUUCAUCCUUGUCAUCUCAAACCCUGUCAACUCGACUGUUCCUAUCUCUGCUGAGGUUCUCAAGGGCAAGGGUGUCUUCAACGCUCAGCGUCUCUUCGGUGUUACCACUCUCGACAUUGUCCGUGCUGAAACCUUCGUCGCUGGCAUCAUUGGCGAGUCCCAACCCCAGAAGCUCACCAUCCCCGUCGUUGGCGGUCACUCUGGCCCCACGAUUCUCCCACUCAUCAGCAAGGCUUCACCCAAGGUGACCAUCCCUGAUGACAAGUACGAUGCUCUGGUCCACCGAAUCCAGUUCGGCGGUGACGAAGUUGUCGCUGCCAAGGAUGGCGCCGGUUCUGCAACACUUUCAAUGGCUUAUGCUGGCUUCCGAUUUGCCGAGAAGGUACUUCGGGCCAUCAAGGGCGAGAAGGGACUCGUCGAGCCUAGCUACGUCUACCUCCCCGGUGUUCCCGGAGGUGAGGCUAUCGCUAAGAAGACCGGCACUGAUUUCUUCUCUGUCCCCAUCGAGCUUGGUCCCAACGGCGCUGAGAAGGCCAUCGAUCCCCUGGAGGGUAUUACCGAGAAGGAGCAGGCUCUUCUGACCAAGGCUAUCGAAGACCUCAAGGGCAACAUUGCCAAGGGUGUUGACUUCGCCCACAACCCACCCCAAAAGUGA